CAUGUCUCGAAGGGUGGAUUAUGAAUCAGUAUAAAUUCUUGUAAAUGCUGCUGCAGCUGCGCUGAAUGCUUGCCAUGUGAAUCGGCGAAUUUGACAGUUGUCAAAUGUAUCCGACCUAACCUAAAAAUGUACAGAUCUACUUUUAGAACUUUUCAAGUCUUCAGUAACUUAUUUAGACAAAAAUCUUCGCUUAUUCUCACCAGGAAUGGACCCCGAGUGUUGUUUAAGUUACCCGUAGUUGUAAUUCAAAGUAGAAAUUUGGUAGAAGAAGCAAAAAAGAAGCCUGUUCAGUCACCACUUGGUAACCUCAUAGCUAAAGAAACAAUCGACAAGGGUCCCUCAGAGGAAGAAGAAGCGAAAAAACAGCGAGAAGCAUCAUGGAGAACGAUGAAACUGACCCUAAUGUUCUUUGGAGUGUCUUUCACGUGCCUAGGAACUUAUUUAAUUUUUGUCCUGGGGGCGCCAGAACGAGACAAGAACGGUAAUGUUAUUGAAGACGAUCUGUCGAAUAUUUCACUGUGGCGGCAGUAUUUAAUACGAACGUACAGAGAAUUAGAUAAUUAUAGACGCUUAAUCAAAGAGCCUUCAAGAGACAAGCUUUUACCAGAUCCGCUCCAAUACCCUUACUUGCAGCCAAAAUACACACUCGUUUUGGAAUUGACGGACGUCUUGGUGCACCCAGAUUGGACUUACAACACUGGGUGGCGUUUCAAGAAACGACCAGGUUUAGAAUAUUUCCUUGACUCUUUACAUGGACACUAUGAAAUCGUUAUCUACACCGCCGAGCAAGGCAUGACUGUUUUUCCGUUAAUUGAAGCCAUGGAUCCGAAGAAUAUCAUAGCAUACAAGUUAGUACGGGACGCUACCCAUUUUACAGGCGGACACCAUGUCAAGAGUCUCGAUAAGCUUAACCGCGACUUAAGUAAAGUUAUUGUAGUUGACUGGAAUGCGCACAACGUUCAAUUUCAUCCCGAGAACCUCCUAAAAAUAAAACGAUGGGAAGGCAGUGAUGAAGAUCUAUCGCUGGUGGAUUUGUCACUUUUCUUGAAAACCAUCGUCGACAACAACAUUGAAGACGUAAGAGAGGUGCUUCAUUACUAUAGCAAAUACGACGAUCCUAUUGACGCCUUUAGAGAAAAGCAUAAAAAAUUGAUGGAGCUUCUUGAAGCACAAGGUGCUGCGAAGAAAGAACAAGAGGCAAAGCCAAGACCAUGGGUUCCUACAAUUUUCUCGCGACGACAGUUCUAGCUCAUUAUAUUUAAGACUUGUUGUAAUUAUUUGUCAAAAAUUAAAGUUUGAUACAAAAAAUA